CAAGACGCACAUAAACGCUGGAAAACGGAACGCAUCCGCACUGGGGAUUUGGAUCUGUGGUUGGUUUGUAGUUUCCGUCCACAGGAGCAGAACAGCAGCACUGUACAAACAGAAACAACGAGGUACUUGGUUCCUACAGCUUGCAGACUUGACCGACGCGCAGCCCAACACAGCGCAGCUCACCAUGGCUCUGGAUGGAUGUGGCGCCUUCUGCAAAUGUAUCCUCAUCUUUUUCAACGUCAUCUUCGCGCUGGUGGGGUUUGCCUGUCUGGGCCUGGGCCUGUGGCUGAGGUUCAGCGACAACACCAGAGUCAUCUUUACAAUACAUGACUUCGACUCAAGCACAUUUGUUGUGGGUGUGACACUUCUGAUCGUACUCGGGUGUGUGAUGCUGUUUGUGGUGAUGGUUGGAGGUUAUGUCGCCUGCAGUGAGGAAAGAUGUGCUCUGAUAGUGGUAAGACUUUUUUUACUUUGUCUUGAAGUGGGGUUCCACCUGAGCAUUUCCUGUUGUGUUCUCUGUGUUGAACAGCCGUCAAAUCCUUCAGUGAACAAAGCUGAAGAGCCGAUAAAAGAAACAGAUGAUGAUCAGUUUUGUUCUUCACGUUAGCAAAAUAAUACAAAC